AUGCUUCAACGCUUUCCGAACGUCAGCGUGAGUAUUGCUGAGACCCGAGAUGUCUUGGAGUCCGAAGAACUAAAGGGAUUUCUCGUCGGUCGAGCAAUCAAAGAGAAGAUUUGGCUCAACGCUGUCAGAACAAGUGUUUCGGAUCCCUUUGUGUGGAAGAGUGACAACAAGAUCGUAAACCUCGACUUUAUCUCAUGGUCAGGAGGAACAGGUGUCGGAAACUGCCUUGUUUUCUUCUAUACCACCCACCGUGUUCAGACUCAGUGGAUCACAAAGGCUGUGGUGGAGGACUAUCCAUGCUCAAGUACCUUCGCACUGGUUUGUGAACACACUGUUAAGGACUGCGAAAAUCCACCAGGAGGCUUUGAUCCCACAAAGAUGGAGUUCAAACCAACAGGGCCUCACGUUGGAACAGUUACAACAAUUGCUUGCUCGCCCGGAUUUUUCCCUCAGCCUUCUACUACUCCCCCCGUGACCUCUGGUGUCAAUGUCGACCGUUCCCUGGCUCCUGGCCAAUACCGUUGCGACGGCCAGCGAGAUGAAUCCGGUGACCCUUCUUUAAUUACCACCCACUUCGCCUACAGUGGAACUGCACUGCCUGACUGCAUUGAAAUGUCCUGCUUCCUGAACACUACAUCACUGUGCCACGUGGAAAGUAGUUCCAUUUCCACCAUUGGAAAUACCACCUAUAAAUACGGUGAAAAUGUUAGCGUCGACUGUAGCGCGGGAUAUGCCUUUACCUUCGAUUUGAUGCAGACGAAGGCAUCUAUGCAGUGCCUCUCAUUACCAGAUAAUCCCAUCCAAGGGGUGUGGCUCCCUGGUCCCUGUCAAGUUUGUGCUGCAAUCCGAUGUAGCGAGGAGGAAAUGAAGGGCAUGGUUCCGAAGUUCGGCAAACUGUCAAGCGCACGAAGCAAACUUACUGAGGAGGAGUAUGGCUCACUGCAGGUGAACCAGUUCAAUCAAUACGGCAACGUGGUCACCUACAUAUGCGAUGAGUCCUACUUUUUUCCAGAUCACUCCUUUGAAAAGCAUGUCGAGUGCACUCUCAAAGAGGGUUCAAACAAUAAAGGGGUGUGGAAAGGAUAUAGCGGAACAAUACUACCACUGGCCGAACAAUCGGUUACUUGUAUGUAUGAAAAGGCUCUGAUAAAAUCAAGUCACAACAUUCAGCCAUUAUUUACAAUCGACUACUCGAACGGAACAAUGGAUGUGACCGAGAAGCUGAAACCGAUACCCUACCCCUAUAGGACUAAAAUUCGAUACACUUGCAUGGCCGGCUACGAGACCGUUACGAAAGAACCCGAUCAAAAUAUCAGCUGUGGUUCAAUUGGACGGUGGAGGCCACAGCUUUCAGGGUGCAUAAAAAAAACUGAAAAUAUAAUAACCAGUUCAACUGGCCGCUUUAUCCCGCCGGCCGUCGAAGCGAUGUCUGCAAGACAGUUGGGGACAAUUGUCAUAAUAAUAAUUGUAAUCUUUUUGUUGUCCCUCCUACUUCUCGAUUUGACAACCCUGCGUAGAGACAUUGCCUGGUUUUUCAACAACAUUCGCCUACAGAAAAGGCUGUGGCUGGCAAAACGGCGCCUCUACAGAGCAAAAAGGGAGGCCAAACAGAAAAGAAACGAAUAA